AUGCCGGAAUGGGCAGAAGUAAAGCGGGAAAACAAGCUCGUGAUCGAACCAGCCACGGCGGCAGCAGUCGAAGCAGCCUUGGAAGCCGAACAGGACGACACCGAGCAGCCCAGUUCGUCCGGUGAAUCGUCCCCCUCCAACAGCACUAAGGACUCUGGCAAACCACCGCGCAUGGAGGAGUUAAAGGAUGCCAGCAUCCAUCAUACCGCACUCAAACUGGCCGAAGAUAUUAAGGCAAUGAAAAUCUACGGCAGCUUGUACAAGAUGGUUCAGAAGCUUGCCUGUUCGCCGGAAGUGGACAAAGAUGAUAUGCGCCAUACGCUGGAGGCUGCGAUCAAAUCCAACGGGCUAGAAACUGAAAUUCGUAACGUCAUUUACCAUCUGAUUAGAAAUUCACUAAAGGCUGACUCAAAACCGACGCUGCCAUCCAGUGAUCCCCUGAACUAUUUGAAACGGGCGGGAAUUCAGUGGGAACGUCGUGUUCGUAAGUCAUUAAAUUCAAUGUGUUCCGAAUCGAAGGCGCAACUGCAGGGUCAAAUGCGAAUUGUUACUGACCGGGAGGAGAUUCUAGCCAAAUGGGACGAACUGAGCAACUAUCAAAUUGAUCUGACCAACUAUCGCCCAGUGUAUGCACCGAAGGAUCUACUAGACGUGCUUCUCUCCUUGAAAGGCCCCGUCAAGCAGGACGAAACAGAGUACAGACGAUACUUUCGCUUCUCGUCACAGCAAAUCGCCAACAAGCUUAAACUAAUUCAAUCGUUUUUCAGCUUCCUUCCAAAGUGGGAGUUUUCGCACAUUUCACUCCCGGUUAAAAAUCUUUUUGAGCUACGAGUCCAUUUUUCGGAAUUGCUGCGUAACGACAACAGCGGCAGUACCGGCGAUUGGUCAGUCACAUGUCAGAAAAUCCUAAAAACACGCCACGCACCACUCUGCCAGCAGGCAUUGAAGAAAGGAAUCACGCCGCCUCCAUUGCGAGGUCCGCUGUGGGCCUACGUUCUUGGAAGUCAAGUGGAAGCACAUAAUGUCGAACACUGGGAAAAUUUGAAACAACAGGUACUUACUACCGAGUCAAUUGUUGAUAAACUUGUAUUUAAAGAUGUUCAAUUAACGGCUACUAAUGAUGACCGUUAUUUUGUGUUCGAGGAUAUUCUGUAUCAGAUUAUGCUGUGUUUUAGUCGCGAUGCAGAAAUCAGCCAAAUGAUUCAAACGGAGUUCACCAGCUCAGCCAAACUGAAGCAAUACGAAGGGCCUGCGUGCGGUUUUGUUCCAUUUCACGGGAUAUGUAUGUUGGCAGCGCCAUUUUGCUACCUCUACGACAAUCCUGUGUCGUUGUACUUUACCUUUCGCGUUUUCUACGUACGUUACUGCUAUCGGUUAACAACCAUCAACACCCAUCCGCAGGGUAUUGUCAGUCUAUGUUUGUUGUUCGAGAAACUUUUGCAAACUCACGAGCCGCAACUUUGGUCACACUUUCGUGAGCUACAGAUUCAACCAAUACGCGUGGUUUUUAAAUGGCUUAUGCGUGCUUUUAGUGGCCACCUACCACCAGAGCAAUUGCUUAUUCUUUGGGAUCUCAUUCUUGGCUAUGAUAGCUUGGAGAUUCUUUCGCUGCUUGCUCUCAUAAUAAUGAGCUUCCGCCGAGAAAGCCUAAUGCAAGUUGUGACUUUGGAGAAUAUCGAAGCUAUUCUGUCGGACUUGUCUUCCGUUAAGGUGCUACCGUUAAUCCAACUGACGUUGUCGCGAGACUGA